AUAUCUCAGAAUCAAUUCACAGUCGUGUACAGACUUCCUUUCAGCAUUCUGAGAAAAAAAACCCACUGUGAACAUACUGUGAGUUGACAGGAGGCGGUGGUUCCCUCGUUUUCCUCGAGACAAACCUAUAAACGUUUCCAAAUACAGAAGGACAUGGAAAGACUAAACGUAUUGCCUCAAAAAGAGAACAAUCAUCUGAAGAUUUAAUGAAUUAAUUCUAGGAUCUUUAAUGGCGAGAAGUAUCUGAGAGGACAGGAACUAUUUGACAUCUGGCUCUGUAAGAAAAUGGACGAGUCACCAACAAAGCAUUUGCUCGGCUCUAAAAAGAGAGUCAAAAUCCACCCCAACACUGUCAUGGUGAAAUACUCCACUCACUUUCCCCAGCCUGGAGAUGAAGGCUAUGAUGAUGCUCCUUCAUUUGAAGACUUCAGCUCAUUUGUUGAGGAGACCUCAGACAGGAAGCAUCUCACUGACAGUAAGUCAGGCAGGACUUUUUUUGGUGCUCUGGACAGUCGGUCCAAAACACCUGGGGAUAAAAAGGAUAAAGGUGUCGGAGGUCAGCUGCAGAGCUUUGGGGAGGCCUCUGUGUUUGCCUCUCGUAAGACAUGGGGCGCUCUAUUCGGGGCAGCUCUUGCCCAUGGCUGUGUGGCUCUCAUCACACAUCUGGCUUCUGACCGCUCUAAGGUUCCAUCACUAGAGCUUCUCUUUAUCCGCUCUGUCAUCCAGGUGUUGUCCAUCACGGUGGUGUUUUACUACCAGGAGUCACCCUUUGGGCCCAAAGGCUACAGACUGCGGCUUUUCUUCUACGGCGUGUGCAAUGUCAUCUCCAUCACGUGUGCGUAUACCUCCUUUGCCAUUGUGCCACCCAGCAAUGGCACCAUCAUGUGGAGAGCCACCACAACGGUUUUCAGUGCUAUACUGGCAUUUUUACUUAUUGACGAGCGACUGGGCCUGACAGAUGUGGUGACGGUGGUCAGUAGUGUCUUUGGUCUUUGCUUGGUCAUGAUCCCAAACAUUGUAGGUGAGCACAGAUCUCUGGGUUUCUGGAAAGAGGCUUUUGGCUACACUAUGACAGUAAUGGCAGGCUUGAUGGCUGCCCUGUCUAUGAUCAUAUACCGGGCGAUCAAAGAGAAGGUGAGUAUGUGGACAGCACUUUUCACCUUUGGCUGGACAGGAACAGUGUGGGGGGUGUCUACUAUGUUCAUCCUGCAGGAGCCCAUCAUUCCACUAGAUGGAGAGACGUGGGGCUACCUUAUCGGCAUCUGCAUCUGCUCUACUGUGGCGUUCCUGGGGGUCUACUAUGCCCUCAAUAAGUUCCACCCUGCACUUGUUAGCACUGUUCAGCAUGUGGAGAUUGUUGUUGCAAUGCUUCUGCAGCUUAUUGUGCUACAUAUGGUUCCCUCCAUCUAUGACAUCAUCGGGGGGCUCAUCAUCAUCAUCAGUGUUGUUGUGCUGACAGCCGUAAAGCUUUACUGGGUGGGGAAGAGCAAAAGACAAGAAUAUGAAGAAAUCCUUGACUCACCUAUAAAGUGAUUCUUUGUUGAUUAAUGUUGUUAUUUUUCCAGGCCUUGAAUUGCUGCUACCAAACUGUGAUUGAGAUUAUUGUGAAUGUCUGAGAAAAAGAUCUAUGUAAAGUCUGUCAUUGAUGAAGUGCCAUUUGUGAAGUUGUAUUUUACUGCUGUAUUGUGUGACUUAAAAAGAGGAUAUUAAUAAUUUUUGCCAAUUUUAAACAGAAAUAUUCUGUUUUAACAUGUUUUAUGUCAUGUUACAUAAGACAGUUCAGUACAUCAAAUUAAAUCUGAUUAGUCUACAAUUCAUCUUAACGUGAAAUAAAACGUCUAUGAUGUACAAAAAAUAAAAUAAAUAAAUAAAUAAAAAAACGAAUAAAUGUGUGUGCAGAGGAGCUGCAAUUGGAGCAUUUCCGAAAAUCUGCAUCAUAGUUGUUUUAAUUUCUAUUUUGAAAUGGUCAAGAGCGCCCCCUUUUGGUCUUCAGUUGAUACAUGACCCUGAAAAGUGGAACGCUGUGGCACAGCCUGAUUUGACUGAGUUUAUCGAAUCAUUCAGUUCAAAUGUGUUCUGGCAAAAGUGAGAGACUCUGGUCUCUGCCAGAGCUUUUCUACUGUCAUAUGAUAUCAUGAUUUCCAGUUUUACGAGGGACUCUGAAAGGAAUCUUGAAUGACUCCUGGAGUCAUGACCAUAUGAUAUUGACAUAACAGCAUUUUACAGAAAAAAUUAAACACUGCAAUAUAAAAUAUUGUAAUAUUUUGACAUAUUAUGUUUGGGCAAGGAGAUAGAAUUCACAUACUUGAAGUCAAGUUCAUAAAGGCUGGAUAGCAAAUACUAAUUACUCGACAACAACGUAUGCAACAUAAUAAAGGAGGCAAUGUUGCUGGGUUAAAAACAUUAAUUUUCUGAGGAUGAAACAUGAAAUGCAUGAUUCUUUCAUUCAAUUGGAUUGAUCAUCAUAUUAUAUACAACAUUUUACUCCAGAAACAGAAAUGCAGUAACUUUACUCAAAAUCUGAGAAUGUCAAUAUUGUGUCUGUUUAUUUAUUAAAUAAAAAUUAACAGCAAAGAAAAUGCUGUCUCAAACUGAAAUAUUU